AUGCUCCUCGAACAGUUCAUUACGGCGACUCUGGUCUUGGCCUUGGCCACUGCUGUCGCUGCCUUGCAACCUCUCGCCUCCACCCUCAUUGCCCGCAACCCCCAGGUGACGUGCAGCGAGUUCGUCCACAACCCCGACAACUCGACGUGGAACAACUCGUACAAACUGCCGUUUCAGCGCCUGACGCCAUGGGAAGCAUGUCCAGCCGGUAGCAGAUGUAACUUCAACGUGACCAACGCCAAGGUUGGCUGGAAGUAUUACUGGGACGUUCCCGAUGGUGUCACCGUCAAUCUGGGCCGCUACGACCCGGCCAGCAUCAUUGGCGUGGGCUUCAACGACGUCGUCAGUGAAUCGCUGCACGGGGCCUGGAGCCUCGGUGCCUCGCCAAACAAGUACAUGGUGUCCGCUGUUACUUUGGUCCCCCGCGCAGUGGUUGUACCAGGGACUUUCAAGUGCGAUAAAGGCAUCGAGUAUCCGGGGACCAUUACUCUACCCGGCACUAACGAGUUGUAUGAUACAAUUAUUCGGCGAGACGAGGGGAGCGACAAGGAGCAAAUAGGGAUUAUUGUGUUGCCUCCAGACGCUCCGGGGAGCCAAGCGUCUAUCAUGAGCGCAGACGAGUUGAAAGGACGUAAAGACAAUACCCUUUACGGGCCCAAAAGUGGGGCUCGUCGCUCGAACGGUUGGGACACCCGGCUCGUGGGUGUUCUCCUCGCAUUCGCUUGUGUCUCGGGCCUCUCGUUUGCGAGUCUCUGA